AAGCGCUUACUCGCGUUGGGGAAUCCGAAGCGCAGCUCGCUUGGCAUAGUUUGAUCACUCUUCAACACAUCAGCCACCUCGAUUCUCAGAGGGGUCGCGAAUCAGUGAAAGCCCAGGUGGGACCUGGCGAUAUCCACGAAAGAUCUGAUAGAGCAACUCCGGAAAGGAUGUCAGCUCUGGAUGCAUCCUCUUCAGGCGCGAAGCUGGCGCAGCUAAUGCAGGCGCUCGGCUACAAUGCAUCCUCCUCGCGGGAGAUUGUUCGAAGGCUUUUCAAUCAUGGCGGGGUGACGAGAGCGAAUUUAACGAACGCGGUUGUUGCGGAGGUCUUGGUGAUGAUGGUUCGGACGAGCUUCGGUUGGGAUAGAGACCCCUCCCAGGACGCUCUGGCAAUGUCCAUCUUCAAAUCCGAAGGCGUGAACCUACAGCGUUCCACCUCAUGGAACGUUGAGAUAUUCGUGGACUGCGCUCUCGAAGUGAAUCCGGAUUUGGACUGGUUCACGGUGUUGCGCAGUCUUGAUCGACCAGACUUUCACAUCACAGAUGCGCAGGGGUUGGCGAUCAUCCUCAACGCCUCUAAGGCUGUCAUCAAGGAUGCCUACCAAUUUCCGAUUACCGCCUUCUUCGGAAAAUGGGAAAAUCCGCCAGGACAGCUAUCCUUUAUCAGACAAGCAGUGCAGUCUGUACCGGAACUGUUCAGCUUGAACCAAACAAUAACAAAGCGGGUCGUGCCGAUGGAUGUCGCUGCAACUGCGCGGCAGCUACUCCCGUCUUUAGUGACACAGCCUUUCAAUUCACUGGAUCUGAUUGAGACUCUUGUCACGCUAUCUGACGGUCCUCUCUACACGGAAGUGAAGACUAUUCUGGACUAUGGGGUACAGCAAGCACCCGAACUCAUGCUGCUCGGGUUCGCCCAGAUGACGAUUCCUUGGAACACCGCCAUGAAAGAGCUUACCCCCGGUCUGGUGAUGCUGUUCCUUACCGGCCAUCCCAACUCCACCUUCGUGCUUCCUCGGCUGUGGCAGUAUAAUCAGAAUCUCUCCAUCUCCGGACUUCUGCACAUGUACACGAAAGAUCCUUCUUCCCUUUCUCGAAUUUUGGAUGUCGCGCAAGAGAUGCGGGCGCUAUCCGCUAUCUUGGAAACCAGGCCGUUCUCGUUUUCCAUUGAUCUCGCUGCUUUGGCAUCCCGACGGGAUUACUUGAACUUGGAGAAGUGGUUGCAGGACCAUUUGCGGGAUCAAGGCGAUGUCUUCGUUCUUGCAUGCCUGGACUUUCUCAAUGAGAAGAUAAACGUUCAGAACCAGAGAGGCGAUGUAGCCAACACCAAGCGGUCCAUUCCGCUGUCGGUGGAUGUGGUGGCAACAUUCUUGCGGGUUCUGCAUGCGCAUACACCGUUGACUCCUGCCAAUGCCGCAUAUCUCAAGGAUGUCUCCAGUGCUUGCCUGCAAACAUAUCCACGCCUAGCCAACGUUCCAACAUUUGGCGAAGGCGCAGUAGGGGAAGGCAUUUCUUUCCCGGAUGAUGUGGAAGAAGAGGCGAACUCUUACUACGAACGAAUCUACAAAGGCGAGCUGUCGAUCAGUCAAGUGAUGGAUCUUCUACAAAACUUCAAACAAUCCCAGAACCAGCGGGAAGUGGAUAUCUACAAGUGCAUGGUGCACAACCUGUUCGACGAGUACAAGUUCUUUGCAAGAUACCCGGACAAGGAGCUUGCAGUCACAAGCGUUCUCUUCGGUGCGAUGAUUCAGAAUCAGAUUGUAUCGUCAAGGGCGCUUGGGAUGGCUCUGCGAUACGUUUUGGAUGCGCUACGACAACCAGUCGGAGCUCGCCUAUUCAAAUUCGGGAUUCAGGCGCUGAAUCAAUUCCAAGCUCGUCUAGGGGAAUGGCCACAGUACUGUUCCUUGCUUCUGCAGAUCUCACAUCUGUACCAAGCGCACCCAGACAUUGUUGAGUACAUCAAGACGUUGCAGCGCGGGGUUGACGGCAACGCGAACCCCGCUGAGCAGUUGAACGCGGAAGCGAGUCUCGCGUUGAACUCGAACGUCGCUAUCGAGCAAGCGGAGCUGCCCAAGCAAGAGGAAGCCCCGGUAUUCACGGCUCUGAGGGUCGAUUCCGUAUUGGAUUCGCCAGGCCGGGAUCAGUCUGAAGUGCCUAAUGAAGCAAUUCAAGAUAAGAUUCUGUUCAUCAUCAACAACAUCUCCGUCGCAAACAUCGACAGUAAAGCGGUGGAGAUGAAGGAUAUUCUCAAAGAGCCGCAUCACCGGUGGUUCAGUCAUUACUUCCUGGUCAAGCGCGCUAGUAUUGAGCCGAACUUCCAUUCUCUGUAUAUCGAUUUCUUGGAUAUGUUGGAGAGCAAGAACCUUCACAGGAGAAUAUUGCACGAGACGUACUCGAACAUCAAGGUGUUGCUGAACUCUGAGAAGACGGUGACGUCGUCUCAAGAGCGAUCCUUGUUGAAGAACCUGGGAACGUGGCUAGGAUUGAUCACACUCGCCAAGAACAAGCCCAUCAAGCAUAAGAAUCUUGCUGUGAAGGAUCUCUUGCUGGAAGGAUAUGACAGCGGACGACUCAUCGUUGUGAUACCGUUCGUAUGCAAGGUCCUGGAACAGGGCUCGAAAAAUGCCAAGAGCAAAGUAUUCAAGCCACCAAACCCGUGGGUGAUGGCGAUCAUGAAGCUAUUGGCGGAGCUGUACCACUACGCUGACUUGAAGCUGAACUUGAAGUUCGAGAUUGAAGUUCUCAGUAAGAACCUGAAACUUCAGAUCAAAGAUAUCGAGCCGACCAACCUACUUCGUAAUCGUCCGGCGAAGAGUGCUGAGUCCGCUAAUCAGUUCGGGGCAAAGGGACCGUCUUUGACCUCGUCUGGGAUUGGGGCGUCCGGCUCGUUGCAGACGGGAGAUGUCAAUGUGGCCGGCGGCUCGAAUGCAUUGGCCCAAGGCUUUGCGAAUGACGCAUCUGCUCUCAGUGCUCAUCCUUCGGCUGGAGGCGACGAGAGCAUUGGUGGCAUCCCGAACUUGGCCGCCUUCAUCACAUUCAACCCGAACCUGCCUAUCUUCAACGCCCAACCUUCAUUGAAGAGGAUCGUGUACAUCGCCAUCGACCGGGCGAUCAGGGAAAUCAUCUCUCCUGUUGUCGAACGCAGCGUUACCAUUGCGGGGAUCGCCACAAGGGAACUGGUCAUCAAGGAUUUCGCACUGGAAAAUGAUGAGAACAGGAUGCGCAAAGCAGCGCAUCUCAUGGUCUCCAGUUUAGCAGGGAGCCUGGCAUCCGUGUCCUCGCGGGAGCCUCUGCGUGUCAGCAUGAUGUCUCAUCUGAGGAGCCUGCUUGUCCAGAACGGCUUCACGGAACAGACGAUGCCCGAACAAGCCGUGUACAUCAUUGUUGCCGACAACCUGGACCUUGCGUGCUCUGUGCUUGAGAAAGCUGCCGCUGAGAAAGCGUUGCCCGACAUUGACGAAGCUCUGCAACCGUCGUUCAUCAACAGGAGGCAACACCGAACGAGGAACAACGGGCCCUUCUACGACAUGUCGGUUUUCGCUUCGUCACGAUACCCAUCAAAUCUUCCCGACCCUCUCCGCCUCAAGGCCGGGGGUCUCAGCGGCCAACAAUUGCGCGUGUACGAGGAUUUCGCGAGGAUCAAUGCCAAUGCCUCCCCUGUGCCGGAGCCUCUGGACAAACUGCCGCGUGGUGGCGCUGGCGCCGCCCGCGACGGAAGGCCUGACCAGGCGAGACAUCCCCUCGGCCAGAAUUCGGAUGAAGAGUCGUCGCAGUUUUCCGCUCAGCAGUUCAUUGAGAAGUUCUCGCAAGCUAUCAACGAGCUUGAGACUCAGGUUGCCCAGACUCCCACGGCAACCUUGGCCUCGCUUCCUACUCCGCACGCGAUUCAGAAUCUUCUUAGGGAUAUCUCAACGGUCAUCAUGAGCCCCGUCAAUCGUGAUGAGAUGAGCUUGUUGUACGCGCAGAAGAUCAUGCAACUUGUCUACAACAACGAGACGCCGUUGAUGAGGGAGAUUUGCAUGCUACUCCUGGAAAAGCUGUGCGAAAUCUCAAAGCGGCUGGCGAAGGAAAUCAAGGAGUGGUUGUUGUACCAUGACGAUGAGAGAAAGUUCAACGUCUCGGCCACGAUUGCCGUCGUUCAAGCUAAGCUUCUCAGCAUUCCCGAACUGGACAUGCAACUCUCACGGCUCAUGGAGACCGGGCGAACUACCGUCAUCGAAUUCACCGUGCAGCUGAUCGAGCAGUUCAUGGCUAGCGAGGCGCCUAUGUCGGUACAGAACGACUUCUUCAACUCCUUCGAGGUGCUUAACCGACUUGCCGCAGCACCCGGCAAGUUGCCGGAAGGUUGUGCGAAGCGUUUGAACGCUGUGAAAAACCGGCUACCUUUGUUCUCUGUCAAGGAUUUGACGACAAAGGAUAUCGAGACCGCCAGCCUUCGGGAACAUCUGGCUGCACUCUUCCACGACUGGGUUCGCACGUUCUACCAUCCUGCGUCGAAUGAAAAGUCCCACGCGUUCUUCAUCCAACAGUUGCAGCAGCAAGGAAUUUUGCGAGCGGAAGCCAUCUCGCCUCUGUUCUUCCGCGUAUGCACCGAGAUCUGCAUGGAUGCGUACAACAAAGCACAGGCCGCGCCAGGGCUUCCGGCACCCUUCCAAGCAGUUGAUGCAUUCGCCCGGCUCAUCGUCUUACUUGUCCGAUACCAUGUGGACCCAGCCGGUGUGGACAACAACCAUGCGCGCCUCAACCUAACCGCCAAGAUUCUGUCCAUCAUUGUCUUGGUGCUGGUUCACUCGCACGAGCAGCAGCGGGAGCAUUUCAACCAGCGCCCGUUCUUCCGCUUGUUCUCGACCUUGCUGAACGACUUGAGCAUGUUUGAGUGGGAUCUGCAGCCGAUCUAUAUCCAGAUCUUGUCGGCUGUCAGCAAUACCUUCCACACUUUGCAACCAUCGUUCCUGCCUGGAUUCACGUUCUCGUGGUUGCAACUGGUUUCCCACCGGUUCUUUAUGCCCAAGCUCUUGCUUGCGGAGAACCAGAAGUUCUGGCCGUUCUUCCAGAGGUUGCUUGUCGACCUGUUCAAGUUCCUCGGUCCCUUCUUGAAGCAAUCCGAGAUGUCCGACACAACUCGACUGCUCUACCGAGCAACUUUGAGGAUCUUGCUGGUGUUGCUCCAUGACUUCCCCGAGUUCCUCUGCGACUACCACUUCAGCUUCGUGGACGUCAUCCCCCACAUGUGCAUUCAGCUUCGCAACUUGAUCCUCAGCGCGUUCCCACGAACCAUGCGGUUACCCGAUCCCUUCACCCCCAACCUGAAGGUUGAUCUCCUUCCCGAAAUCAACCAGCCACCCCACGUGCUGUCCGACUAUACCAGCGGUCUGUUGAGGAACAACCUGAAGCAGGAUGUGGAUGCGUACCUCAAAUCGCGGGGCCCAUCUCAGUUCCUGAACGAUCUGCGCGGCCGCCUGCUCUUGACUGGACCUGCGUCGGCUAGCAGCGAGAGCACGCAGUAUAACGUGUCUACCAUCAACGCUUUGGUAUUGUACAUAGGAGUGCAAGCCAUCGCACAGUCGCAGAACAAGGGGGCGCAAGGGGGUGCGUCGCCUGUUUCGCCCAGUGCGCCGAUGGAUAUUUUCCAGCAGCUGGCGGUUGAUCUGGACACAGAAGGCCGUUAUCUGUUGUUUAGCGCCAUCGCCAACCAGCUGCGAUACCCCAACAGUCACACCCACUACUUCAGCUGUGUCUUGUUGUAUUUAUUUGCCGAAGCUACUCAGGAAGUUAUUCAGGAGCAGAUCACAAGGGUCUUGAUUGAACGCCUGGUCGUGAACCGACCUCACCCAUACGGCCUCUUGAUCACGUUCAUUGAACUGAUCCGGAACCCACGCUACAACUUCUGGGACCACACGAACUUUAUCCGUUGCGCGCCCGAAAUCGAACGCCUGUUUGCCAGCGUGGCGAAAUCCAUCAAUCAGUCCCUGAUGCGCUCCCCUCAGUAGUUUGUGGGGAUGGAAAAAGCCUCUCGACGGUAGUAGGCACCCCACUUUAUCGACAACCCAAACCCAAUACAAGCAGUCACUCAACACACUUUGUACAUGUAUAUUUUCGUUGCUCCCCACCUCUCGCUAUAGUUAUGAGGGUGAGAGGAGAGGAGAGGGGGAGAGAGAGAGAGAAGGCAGCUACGAGUACUCCCUAGUCAGUCUCGUCCCCGACUUGCCCUUUUCCUAUGUAAAAUGCUUGCGCCCGGCGGGCUUUGGUUCCCGACCUAACCUCCUUCUUUUCUUGCGAUUUUUGUUAUUUUGCUUUUUGCGCUAUUUAUCAUA